AUGCCCCCCCGCAGGAAGAAGUCAACUCAAAAGCCCAAACGGGCAGCGCAGAGGAAGGAAGCCAUCCACAAGAGACAAGGGGCAGUCAAAGGAAAGUCGAGUGGAGAAGCCAGUUCAUCCGCGACCAAACCAGAGACCCAGCCAUUAUCCAAUGUCGCAACCCUCGACCUAGAUGUCUCCUACGUGGGAAAGCUUGAGCCUCCUCCUCCCCCACCCAAGCUACCGGAACGGAAGCAAUGGCAGCUCACAGGAACCAAGGAGCUUCCUGUGGGGUGGAACUGGGAUGAGCCAGACCUACACAAUGAUGAUAUCGAGGCGCAGAUUGAGCGAUGCCAUGUACGAAUCAGCGAAAAUAUCUUGCCGGACACCUUCCGGAAAAAGCUGGUGGUGUAUGAAGAGCGGCUUGUGGAAAAGAAAGAGCUAAUGAAGAACCAUCCGGGUCUCAGCUGGGCGGUCAUUCAACGGCUUGAAGACCUCAAGGGUAUCCGAGACUGGCUCGAGGAGGAGGGAGAUCACUUGGAGCUGAAACCCAUUGUGGAGGCCCUUAUGGUGGCCUACAAGGAUGGAAACCUGGAUAUCUACACAGAUCUGGGGCUGGUGACAUACUGGUCGAAAGGAAAGCAGAUCAGCCAGCCCCGGCCGUUUGACUUGCAAGAGUAUCAGGCAAUUGCCCACGAGUUUCGUGGGGACCGGGCGUUCUGGGUAGAAGGGCUUUUCGGCCAUUCAACCCCGCGAAUCGGGCAAGUCCUUGUCACGCGCGCAAAUAAUAUACACGGUAUGAUAAGGGAUCCUACGUUCCAAAAUGAAGUCGAUAUGUCCUUCGCGUUGCCUUUAUGGGGGAUUCAGAACUCCCGAGGGCCGCAUGUGGUCCUGCCUUGCACAGAUGACACCGGGAGUGAUUAUAGCUGCCUCUAUUAUGAGGAUAUUACCGACAUUCUGGACUGGUACAGGACACAGAACCUAAUCGGCUACGCCCCUGUGGCGCAUAUCACGCAUGUCUCUCUCGCGAAUGGUGUCCGCCAGCUUUUCGCGGUUGUAUUCCUGUGGAUUAAUUUGCACCAUCCAAGCCAAGCCGGUCAUCCUCCGAUGCCAAGCUGGGACCUGAUCCAGUGUAUUGUGUGGACUCACCCCCGAAGCAGCUAUAAUAGACCCGCCCGAAUCAACGGCCCGUGGAUGCGGUUCAAGAUAUACACGGCCUCGGCACCAGAAGGCACACCGAAUAUGUGGCUCUUUGACAAAAAGAGUGGGUUUAUAGAGCGAGUUCCGACUGUACGGACUGCGAUGCAUCAGAGGAUAAUGCCCCAUCUCGCGCCGAGGCUGAACUAA